ACUAUUGUUAAAGUUUGGCUGGACUUGUUUUGGUCUGGUCAGCCACCGAGACCGACGUUUUGUUGACAAUGUGAUUGUUAAUUAACAGCUGAGUGGUAAAGAAAUAUUAGUGUCAAAUGUUUAUGGCAAUGGGGUCAGUGAAACUCAACGCUGGGCAAGAAAAUUCAGCGACGGCGGCCACAGUCGCAGAGGCCAAGUUGGUGUGCCAGGGAGUAAACAACCAGAGCUACACCUGUGAGUCAGGUCACUGCUGUGGAGAGACACAGUGCUGCAGCUACUACUAUGAACUGUGGUGGUUCUGGCUGGUGUGGGCUCUGAUCAUUAUCCUGACAUGCUGCUGUGUUUGUCAGCACUGGCGCUCCAAGCAACGUUUCCAGCAGCAGCGCCGGCAGAACGAGAUCAACCUCAUUGCAUACAGAGAGGCUCACAACAACUCUCACCUACCCCUCUAUCUCAGAUUCUUGCCCACCUACCUGUUGCCAGCCUAUGAAGAGGUAGUUGAUCGCCCAGUCACACCACCUCCUCCCUACACCCCUCUUCAGCCAGCACCUACUCCCACAGACCCACCUGAGGAAUGCCCUUGCCCACACUCAUCAGUCUCUGUCCCUAGUGAUGCUGAUGCAGUACUCUCUGCUACUCCAGAGGUCACGCAGCCCCACCUUCACAGCGCGUACAAUCCCAACAAGGACUCGACGCCGGGCAGGUACCGGCGCUUCACAGGGGAUUCUGGGAUUGAAGUGUGCGAUGGCCAGGAACUUUGGGAUCAGCACAGCUUUUUAGAAAAUGAGGAAGAGACAGAAGAAGAGGGGACGGGACAAAUGGAGGACCCAUGUGAUCGCUGUGGUCCAGAGACCUUUGAACACAGCCAUAUUGGUGGAGCAGACAUUACUGAAAACACAGAUGGACACACAGCCAUGGAUACAGAGCCACAGUCCCUUAGGUAAUCCAAAAGAAUGCCUUUAAUAUCUGCAGUCCUAAAACAAAACUCUGCAGCAGUCUCUUCUGCAAUAUUAUGCCUUUGGUGCUCAGAGGUUUGGCCUGUUUUCACCUGUGUACAUUUGUAACACCAGUGUGUGUGACAGGCCUGAAGACAAAUAUGACUAAAUAUUUUAACAAUUUUGAAAACUGUAAAGCUACAUCAUGCAAUUUCUGGUUUGGAGCAGAGUGUGUUUUUAGCCAAGCUCUGCUCAUUUUCAAGUCGAAUUUGGACAGUUGCUCACAUUGAAGAGCUGUCCAACUGUCUGCAUUAAAAUUUUCUCCCGCCAGGGGGCAGCACUGAUUUUCAUGUUGAUAUACUCGGUUCUUAAAGCUUUGUUCAAAGGUUCCUUGAGUCACAGAUCCUGAUGUAACUUAAGGAGCUGUUGCUCUGUCACUGCAUAGCAUUGGUCUAGGUGAGGGUUCAGCAAUAUAGAGCUAGAGUUUUUUUGCAGAUACUGAUACAUGAAAGUUGUUUUUUUAAAUCCAGUAACCAUAUAGGAAAAGAUAUUUGUUUUUUUUUACAUACAAGCAUAACAUGAUUUUUUUUUCCAUAAAGAUGCCUUAAAUUUGAUUCUAAAAGAACUGUGACCAAAAUAUGUACCAAUAAGAACAUUUUGUAGUGAUAAUGUAACUAUGUAAUGUAAUGUAAGCCACCUUAAACAUUUCCUCUGAUACUGAUAUAUCAGUGAUAAGAUGAAAUCAGCCCGCUGUCUUGUGGAAGCUAUGUCUUAAAUAUCUCAGGUGGCAGUAAGCUACGUAGAGCACUGUAGAAAAUCAUUGAGCAGGACUGCUUUAGCAUCAUUACUACAUUUGCAUGCACAGAUUAUUCUUGUUUUGCCCUUAAUCCCAAAAUAGACAAUAUUCUUAUUAAGCUAUUUACACAGCUAAUGAAAAUUCCAUUAAUAGUCCAAUUAACAUGCCCCAGCAUGUCAAUGUUUUAUAAAAGGCAUGGCCUCAUUUAUGAUAUAAUAUUUUACAGAGGUAAAAUUAUUAUGGCAGUACUUUUUAUAUUACGUCAUUUAUUUACCUAUAUAUAAGAGAAAAUACACUUUCAGCACUGUGGGAAGGAUCAAUAUGGAAAAGUGGAACAACUUGGGCGGCUUGUCAUUUUUUCAAAGGUUUCUCACCAGUGGUGGACUUAUUGGAUCAUGCGAACACAGCCUCCCUCUUUCCUUCCCUUUAAAAACCUAGAAAUCUUUGCAUUGAGAUAUUUCUGGACAUAACAAAACCUGUUGAUAUCCAAGGCUUUCAUAAUGUUAAAAGGUAGAUGUGUCUUCUUCUGACAUGAAUUGUGGGCUUUUCUUUUGCAUCUCUAUCCCAGCUUUGCAAACUGUUGGUGAAUUGGUUUGGUUACAACACAUCAAUGACAAUGUACAGAACUGACUAUAAACAGACAAGAGACUGUGUCGCAAACUGCGGUAAAAACACCAAUUGAGAUGUAUAUUGUGAUUGCACUGUAUACAUGCCUAAAGAAUGCUAUUAAAACACGAAUAAUACAGGCA